AUGUUAUUCUCUCUUGCUGUGUCGAAUAGCUGGACUCUACGCCACUUAGAUGUCCACAAUGCCUUUCUAAAUGGGCGCUUAGCCGAAACGGUGUACAUGAAGCAACCUCCGGGAUAUGAAAACCUGGCGCACCUCGGUCAUGUAUGCCAUCUUCAACGCUCUCUAUAUGGUCUCAAGCAAGCCUAUCGGGCUUGGUUCAAGAGACUUCACGAUUUUUUACUGUCUGCAGGUUUCUCCUCAUCCAAAACAGAUGUCUCGCUGUUUCACUUCACAUCUGGCUCUUCACGGGUGUUCGUACUUGAUUAUGUCGAUGACAUCAUUAUGAUGGGGAACGAUGUUGCUCUAGUCAAUUCUUUACUUCAACGCUUAGCCACAGCUUUCAAGAUCCGAGACCUUGGCACACCUGGGUUCUUUUUGGGUAUUGAAACAAUUUUAGUAAAUGGGGGCCUAAUCCUCUCACAGUGGCGCUACAUGACUGAUCUGCUUAACCGUUUCGGGAUGGUAGACUGUAAGCCCCUAGCCACGCCAACGGCUGUCACACAAGUAGUAACUCCUUCUUCACAACCGUGUGAGGAUCCCACACAGUAUCACCGCAUAGUGGGCGCCUUGCAGUAUCUGACUAUCACUCGACCAGAUCUCUCUUAUGCGGUCAAUCGUCUAUGCCAAUUUAUGCACUCCCCAACUAUUGACCACUGGGGCCUAGUCAAACGCGUUUUGCGAUACAUCAAAGGCACUCUCGACUAUGGCUUACGAGUCUCAGCUUCUUCAUCCGCCGACAUUCACGCUUUUUCAGACUCCGACUGGGCUGGGUGUCCGAUUGAUAGAAAAAGCACAAGUGGGUAUGCUGUCUUUUUGGGCUCAAAUCUCAUUUCUUGGCUCUCCAGGAAGCAACGCACUAUGGCUCGCUCAUCCACCGAGGCUGAGUAUAAAGCAUUGGCCGAUGUCUUAGUAGAAGUCACGUGGGUCGUCUCAUUAUUACAAGAACUUGGUUUACACUCCGGUCAGCCGUCGACCCUCUGGUGCGACAAUCUUGGGGCGACUUAUCUCUGUGCCAAUCCGGUUUUUCACGCCAGGACUAAACAUGUCAAAAUCGACUAUCACUUCGUCCGCGAUAAGGUGGCCUCUGGGGACUCCGUGGUCAACUUUGUGUCCACCAAGGACCAGCUAGCAGAUAUCUUCACCAAACCAUUACCUGGGCCGAGGUUUGCAGCUCUUCGGGACAAGCUCAACGUUGUAGCACAUCAACAUUGUGCUUGA